ACUCAGUGUGGGAGAUAGGGUCAUUUUAAGCUCUCUCUCCUCUUGCUCCUUUUUAAAAACUGAUUCCUUUCUUUGUAAUGUCCUGAUCACUUCUCAAUAUACAAAGAACCUAGAGGACCUUUCCAUAGAAAACAGGUGAUAUCAAGAUUGAAGAGGAAACAACCAGCAAUAAGACCUUGGACAGGAACCAAAUACCCACAUGAAGUACACAAUGGUCAUCUCCAUUGUAAUUGUCCUGAUGUUUCAGCUUAUUACAUCUGGAGAAUCACUGGAACUGCAAAAUUAUCGAAUGAGCUUUGAACACAAUUCUUUUGAUGACCAAUAUAGGGGCUGUGAAAAGACCAUGAAUAUAAAGGCAAUAGAGCUCUUAAAAGAAGAAAGGGCAAAAAACCCAGAAUUCAACGAAGUUUGGGGAAAAGCAGAAAAUCAUUGGAAAAAUAUGUCUCCUGACCAAAAAAAAAUGGACAAGAUGUUUGAAAUUGCUGUCAUUGCUUAUACAUUGGAAGACUAUCAGAUGUAUCAAAUCUUUAAUCAAGCAGUGAAAGGAUGCUGUGAGUCCCUGGAGUCUUAUGUGAAAAACUUCCAUUUCAAAGCUUUCCAUUUCUAUCUCACCAGGGCUAUUCAAACCCUGGAAAGAUCCUGCAGAAAGGUUUAUAGAGGGGUCAAAGUGAAGGUGUACCCUGAUGGGAAAGGAAAAAUGCGCUUUGGUCAAUUUGCUUCAGCCUCUAAGGAUGUAAAUGUAGCCAAAAAUUUCUCAGGUAACUUAGGGACCAUCUACUAUGUGGACACAUGUGAGGGAGCUUCCAUUGAACAUUUAUCCGAGUAUGCUGAUGAAAGGGAGGUGCUGAUCCCCCCAUAUGAAGAGUUUAAUGUCACUAAGUUCUCUGAAGAUCCCAAAGGCAUUACAAUGGUUCAUCUAACUAGUAAAAGAAAAUCUAGCAAGUAUAACUGUGCCUUAGUAGGUUCUGGUAAUAAGGCAACUGUCCCUGGACAACUUACAACCAUCUUAUUCUCUGGAGUCUUCAUCCUAGUCUUCCAAGCUCAUUCUCAGAUCUUGACAGGAUUCUAGCUACCCUGGGACCCCAGACAAUGGUGCCAGUAAAUGUUUACCAAUUGCUCUUCCCCAUUCUUACCCCAUCUGCAAAAAGGAAUGUAUCCAUGACACACUUUUAAGUAUAAUCUGUGACCUUAUUUUUUCCUACCACUUUCCUAAGUCUAGACUAGCAAUAAAAAAUAGUUGAUGUACUAUUUGCCAAUUUCUAAGUAUAAAUACUCACACUGAAAAUGUAAUAAUUAACUUCCUAAGAUAGAUUGGAGCUAGUUCUAGAGCAUACAUGCACGUAGGUCUCCCUCAGCUCCAUGUCUGCUUAUCAAUAGCUCAACUAGGGCAAGUUAGAGAGGAGGGUAGCUUAAGUCUAGUCUUAUCUUUCCCCACAACAAUCCAUAGAAAGGGUUAACAUGGAAAUAUUUUAAAGGCAUCACCAAAUCAUAAAUUGUAAGAUCAUCAAAUUGAAAUAAAAGAUAAAUGAUUUCUAA